AUGCACGGCGCUUGCCUCAGCGGUCUAUACCCUUUGCCAUUUACCCAUAAAUUCCAUGAUUAUCUACAUUUUAAUAUCUAUAUCUCAUUUGGCGGCCCAAAAUAUUGUAUAACUGCCCUUAAUACAUACGUUAUACUAUUUUACACCGUAUACUAA